GUGGGCGCAGCGGAGGACUUUCCUAUAAAAGCAGGGAUCCCACGGCCAGCCGAGCUUGUCUCUUUGUCACCGGCAAGACAAGAGCCGUAAUUCCCCGCGAACAGUUGUGUUAUUUCUCCCGUCACAGCUCGGAAAAUCAUCCCAACCUCACCUAAAGGAAAUCUUUAGUCUAUGGUUCUGACUGACACUCCAACAAGGAUGUCCCGGACCGACGAGGUGCACCGUAUAACGGAGAAUGUCUACAAGUCCAUCAUGGAGCAGUUCAACCCCUGCUUGCGGAACUUCAUAGCCAUGGGAAAAAGCUACGAGAAGGCGCUCACCAGUGUCACAUAUGCUGCAAAGGGCUACUUCGACGCUCUGGUGCGGAUGGGCGAGAUGGCCAGCGAAAGUCAAGGCUCUAAGGAUCUUGAGGAGGCAGCAUGGGAGGUGCUCUUUCAGAUGGCUGAAGUGCACAGACAGAUCCAGAUCCAGCUUGAAGAGAUGCUGAAGUCUUUCCACAACGAGCUGCUCACAGAGCUGGAGAAGAAGGUGGAGUUGGAUGCACGCUACCUGAAUGCCGCACUGAAGAAGUACCAGACAGAGCACAAGAGCAAAGGGGAGAGUUUGGAAAAGUGCCAGGCAGAGCUGAAGAAACUGCGCAGAAAGAGCCAGGGCAGCAAGCACCCAUCCAAGUAUGGAGACAAGGAGAUGCAGUAUGUGGAGGCCAUCAGCAAUAAGCAGAGCGAGCUGGACAACUACAUCGCCGAGGGCUACAAGAACGCUCUGUCCGAGGAGAGGAGGAGGUACUGCUUCCUGGUGGACCGUCAGUGUGCUGUAGCUAAGAACAGCAGCGUCUACCACAGCAAGGGGAAGGAGCUCUUAUCCCAGAAGAUCCCGGUGUGGCAGCAGGCGUGUGCCGAGCCCAACAAACUGCCAGAUCGUGCCAUGUUCCUGGCCCAGCAGAUGAGCGGCGUUGCCGGCACCAUGGUUCCCAUUUCUCAUCAUCCAGGCAUGCCCAUUUCUGAGCCCAUCCCUGGUGCUAAACCCCUGCCGGUGCCUCCAGAGCUGGCAGCCCUCAGGGCCAGUGGAGUCUUGGUACAGCAGAGGCUGAUGGGAGCUGUGGAAGGAGGGAUGCCGGUGAUGAACGGCACAGCGGGCGCUCACGGAGGGGAGGACUACCAGCAGUGGAUGGAGGGCAAGCUGGCCCAGGGCAAGGCCUCACCGCAGACCCAGCGGCACGGAGGGGAGGUCUACUCCAACACACUGCCUGUGCGCAAGAUCGCCCCUGCCAAGAGCAAGACCACACUGACGGAGACCCGUACGCUGCCCCGGUCCAGCUCCAUGGCAGCGGGGCUGGAGAGGAACGGGAGAACUCGAGUCCAGGCCAUCUUCUCCCAUACAGCCGGGGACAACAGCACCCUGCUCAGCUUCUUUGAGGGCGAUGUGAUAACCCUGCUGGUCCCUGAGGCCCGUGAUGGCUGGCACUAUGGAGAGAAUGAGAAGACGAGGAUGCGUGGCUGGUUUCCCUUCUCCUACACCCGGGUGGUCUCUGAAGGCGAUGGCAACUCCAUGAGGCAACUUCGAGUACACAACCUCCACGGGAAGAGCAGCAGCACAGGCAACCUUCUAGAGAGAGAAGACAUGCCUCUCCCCGUCCCUGAUUACGGCAUCAACUCCCGUAUGGCGGCACAGAGCGCUGCUGCGCUGCAUGGCAGACAACAACGCCCCUACAGUGUGGCGGUGCCAGGCUUCUCACAGCAAGGAGUUGAAGAGUACGAGCCCCGCUUCUCUACAAGCAAUAAUCCACCCAUUGUGCCGGCCGUGGAGGCUCCAGCCAAACCGCCCCUUUCUGAUGAUGAGGAUGAAGUGGAAGUGGAGGACGACCUGCCUUAUGAAGCACAAUAUGACUCCCUGGAGAAGGCCUCGACUCCCCCGGGGGAGUACUGAUCUAAACCAGCUGCAGGUGGAUCGCUGGUGCACAGCUGCACUCUCUCACCUCAGCUCUACAGCUCUGAUUCAACUACAGUAUUAAAAUAGUACUAAUAUAUAAAAAUUAUUAUUAUGACCAGCAAAUGAAGUACACUUCAAAAAUUCACAUUUACAGUAAUAUCUUUAUUAGUUGAGAGAUGAUGUAAAUGAAAGCUAGAAUGGAUUAAUGUUUGAUCUUCUAGCAUGGAUAGCACAUUGAAAGCCAGAAAACUUUAAUUUAAUCUCGAUUGUUUUCCUCAGAUGUAUUUCUGUAAAGCUCACAUUUCAUGGCUAACAGUGAGCAGUGGAGUUUAACCGUUUCACUUUAAAACAUACAAGGAGCAUGUGGUGUGAUAUAAGAAUAGAUGGCUCACUUGGGUUACUUGGUUUAUUUACAUCAUUAACAGAAAAGUCUGUUAAUUGUCUGGACCAAGGUGGAUCAUCUAAAAUAAGACGAGAUAAAUGUUUCAGCAGAUGAUGGAGAAAAUCAAAUGUACUAAAACACACCAGAGAAAAUAGACUAGCCAGAUAAAUCAGCAGUAUCUGUGUGUUGAGUGAUUCCAUCUAAACUGAUAAGCACACCACUCAUAGUACUGUAUGUUUAGCUAAUUGUAUACUCACAGGAAAUCCUAUAUUCUGUAGUUAAAAGCAGCGCUGCAGGUGUUUGUACCUACAGUAAUAAUGUACUGGACUGGUUCUCAGAUUACAUUGAUUUGAUUGAUUAAUAUUGUGUUUAACAGAGAAAUUAAAUAAUACAAUUAUUAAGUAAAAACAUUGCGAUUGUUUAUAGUCUUCUGUCACGUUGAAGAUAACUGAUGUAGACAGAUGAGCAAUGAUACAGGUUGUUAAAUUAGACUGAGCUGAUCUUGGCCUUUUGUUAAAGAAAAGAAAAAUGGUUUAAUGGUGUUCAAAUUAAUUUAAGAUUGGAUUAUCCAGAGUUACAAGGACACUGGGUUGUAGCUAAUGUUGCUGUGGGAUCUUUUUUGUUUUUUUACGGAUAAAUAUUUCAAUGCUGUGAGCACCUUAAAUUAAAUCCCAUUUUCAGGUCUAUAUCUUAAACCUGGAAAACAGACCCCACUAGAGGUAAAUCAGACACUUUGUUUUUAUUAUUAUUUUGGACUGAACCUUUGCAUCCUGUUGAUCUGAUGGAGGUAAGAACAUGUACAAGUUGUUUAACUUAUAAUAACCUUUUAAGUGAAAAAACUAUCAAGUGAAUUCCCGUUCACACUUAAUAAAAAUGAAUACUGAGGUUUGAGAGGUUGAGAGCACAUUUUAUAAAUGUAUACUGACUUCAAAAGUUAUAUGAAGUCAGAUUGUAAUGAAACGCUUUCAAUGGUACAAACCUUUUCUUCAAAGAUUUGCAACUUGCUCUGCAGACGGUUUCAGAGAAGUGUGCUUUAGUUUAAAUGUUCUGCAUUUGAAAGGGAAUUCACCUCAUAAUAGUUAAAAAGCAACUUUACAUUACUUUAAAUCUUGUAUGUAGGAAAAAUAUUACUGUACUGACCUCUACGAGUCGAAAAUAUUUAAGUCUGUUAACUUCAGACUCACCCAUUAUCACAGCUGGCCAACAGGGAUGUUGUGUACUUGUGACCACAUCCAACUGUAAUACAUGGUGGAGCACCUCGGAGCAUGUAGCUACCACUAGAUGGCAAUGCAAGCAGAGUUUUCAGCCUUGGUGUAGUUAAACAUAUCAGAUAUAAGCAACUUAAAUCCAAAAAUGGGUAUUCAAACUGAUAAAACCUGUAUCAGUGUAGCUCCAAGUGAUACAUGAAGACUUAUACAAUAUGAACAUGACUGACGGUCCAACCUGUAUAAUGUGAUUUGUUGGCAAACUGUGUCUGUUUUUCAAUUUUAAUUUUGAGAAUAAAGAAUCAAGUAU